GCCAGAACUGUAGUCUAAACUGGCCCUGCAUUUAGCUGUAAAGAGGCUAAAAUGAGACUGUGGCUUCUGAGCUUGGUGGCAGGGAUUGCCCUGGGAGUGGCCGGGACUCCCCUGGGAAAAGUCUCCAUGGGGAGAGAACAAAUCGAGGAGAAAAAGGAGGUACAGGACAAGCCCAAGAAAAUGAAGAGACAAAUCUUUAUAACUGGUGCUUACACAGGAUUGAGUGCUCCAGGUCUUAAUAUAAGUGAAUUUAUUACAGUUUCAAGUAAACCUAUGAUGUACCAUUUGGAUAGCUCUAAGAAAGGAAAAGAAGAAAAAGGACAAAUAGAGACUGAUCCCUACAAAAAGCCUCUGAGCCUUCCAAGAACCAUCCUCCUCCAGUUGCUUAACCUGACAGAGCCUAUGAAUAGGAGCUCAGAAAUGGAUUUCAUCAAUUGGAAUCUAAAUGCCAGCAUUAUCAGAGAUCUCUGUGAUGGCUGCUGUGAAGGGAGCAAGGAAGAAAAGCCAAAUCUAAGAAGGCAACCAAGAGAACUACCCAAGCUUCCCAGGAAGAGAAAACCUGGUCGGUGGACAAUUCGUGGUAGGCCGGCUCUCCCACCUGAAAACAGUUCCAUCAAUGUGGUGAUGAUGAUGUUUCAUAAUGACACUCAUAGUGGCUCUCAAGCUAAGGAAGUCACACAACAGACUGAGGACCUCAGAGGAGAGUGGUGUUCUGUGUGCUGUGAAGAGGAUGAAACCCUCCAGGCCCUUGAGAGAAGAGAGGGAGAAGAAGUCAGAGAAGUUUCUCCUGCAUGAGCUGGAAGAACAAGGACCCAACCCAACUACUGAUCUACAUGGAAGCUUUGACCUUUUCCAUUUCUGACCUGGGCCCCUCCUUAGCAGUCCGCAAAAUGGCAGCAGAUUUAACCUGGUUAAGUUUUAGCCCUGAUGCAUCUUAGAAUGUUACAAUUCAGUUUAACCAUCAGUCUCAGUCUCUCCUGGUAACAGAGAUGAAAGGUUUGCACAAUUAUACCCUGCACAUGAAUAAUUCUUAAUUCAAUGGUAAUUCAGAAUAGAAUUUUUAUCCCCCAUCCCAGUGGGCAGUGGGACCAGGAUGCCCAGAGUUGGGAAUAGGAAAGGGAAAGGCUCAUAGUGCCAAAAGUUUUUAUGAUUUUAAGAGUUAAUGGGUGGAGAUAUUUAGAAACUGAGAAGAGAAAUUAUUUCCCCAAGCUCACACAGGAAAUAAGUGGCAAAAUCCAAAUUAAGUGGGAAGGGAGAAAAACAAAGAAAAAUGAGUUAUAAAUGGAGGGGCAAAGUACAGUAAUCCUUUAUUUGUACAAUCUUUAAGCACACUGAAAAAUAUAUUCUAUAAAAGUGAAGUGAA